AUGUCUCCCAAACGCCUCCUCCUGUUGUCCAACUCAACGAUGUCUGGAACCGAUUACAUGCUGUGGUCCAAGCAAUUGAUCACCAAAUUCUUGACCAAAUACAACGUCAAGAACAUAGUGUUCAUCCCUUUCGCCGGCGUAUCCCUGGAUUGGGAGGAAUACGAGAAGAAAGUGAGUUCAGCUCUGACUGAGUUCACGGUCACAUCCAUUCACAGGACAUCCGAUUACUUGGAGAGUAUCCUCAGAAGUGAAGCCAUAGUGAUCGGCGGCGGCAACAGCUUUCACUUGCUCUACAAACUCCAAGAAUUCAAUUUAAUUGAUGCCAUUCGCCAGCGAGUGCUCAACGAUGGCGUGCCGUACGUGGGCUGGUCUGCCGGCGCCAAUGUGGCCACACCUGACAUCGGCACCACCAAUGAUAUGCCCAUCAUUUGGCCCAAAACGGACUCUGCCCUACAUUUGGUCGACUAUAACAUUAACCCUCACUAUAAUGAAUGGAAACCCUCAGGACACGGAGGGGAGACCAGGACUGACCGCCUCAAUGAGUGCCUUCUCGUCAAAAAGAGACCCAUUGUGGCCAUCAGUGAAGGCAUUGGCAUCGAAGUGGACGGCGACAGACAUACAGUGAUUGCACCGGAACUCCAGUGCGGCGACCGAUACGUCAAGAUUUGGUUAUUUAAUGGCAAUAAUGACACGAAUAUUGAAGUGAUUAACGCGGCCUUCGGUCAAGACAUCGGACCUAUUGUUUCGAAAUAA